GCCAAAAAUGUUUAUUUUGGUAUUUUUUGAAGAAAUAAACCGCAAGGUUUAGCAAGGUGUAAAAUCAAAAUGAAAUUAAACGAAAACAUUAAAAUUAUUGGAUCAAAUGUUAUUCUCGUUCCUUACGAAGCCAAACAUGUUGAAAAAUACAACAAGUGGAUGCAAGAUCCUAAACUGCAAGAACUGACUGCUUCUGAACCGCUUUCAAUAGAAGAAGAAUAUCGAAUGCAAACCUCUUGGCGAAAUGAUGAUGAUAAAUUAACAUUUCUUGUAGUUUCACGACAACUGUUCUCUGAAACCAAAGACGAAAUAGAAUCCUUAGUUGGAGAUACAAAUCUAUUUCUAAGAAUCGAUGAAGAUGAAGAAAAUAAUACUAAAGUUCGUGUCGCUGAGGCAGAGAUCAUGAUUGCAGAACCUUCAUUCAGACGUCAAGGAUUGGGCUGGGAAGCAAUGUUGCUUCUAUUGAAAUAUGCACAAAAAAAUCUUCCUAUUGAUAAGUUUGAAGUUAAGAUUGGAUUUGAAAAUGUGAAGAGUAUAAAUAUGUUUGAAAAGAUGAAAUUUAUAGAAACCUAUCGAACGGAGGUGUUUAAAGAGGUAACAUUGGAACGUAAAGUCACAAAUGAUUGGAUAAGUUGGCUUGAUGAGCAAGUGCAAUUAACUGUUGAACAGUAUCAAUAAAUUUAAAUUAAUUAUUUA